GAUUUAUUAACAAAAGCGGUAUAAAAUAAGCAGGUGGCCCAUGGUAGCUGUUAUUUUGCUCGUCGAAGUCGCCGCAGCAUUGAAGUUUAAUUCUCACUUGUCUAGAGGAGCCUUUUUAAGCCGCCUAUUUUCACUUUCAUUGACACCAAACAUGGCCGAAAAGCAAACGACGUUCCCACAUUUCGCUACCCAGGCGAUACACGUGGGCCAGGAACCCGAACAGUGGAAGUCUUUAGCCGUAGUGCCAAAAAUUUCACUGGCAACUACUUUCAAGCAAGAAUCCCCUGGAGUGCACUCUGGAUUUGAAUAUGGACGAAGUGGAAACCCGACUAGGAGCUGCUUUGAAACGUGUGUGGCAGCACUGGAAGGGGGAAAACACUGCAUGUCGUUCUCAUCAGGCUUAGCGGCCACCACGUCUUUAACCCACUUACUUAGUGCUGGUGACCAUAUAUUGUGUAUUGAUGACGUUUAUGGAGGCACUAACAGAUACUUCCAGCAAUGUGCCAAGAAAAUGAACAUCGAAACCAGUUUUGUGGACUGUACAGUAAUCGAUAACGUCAAGCAGGCUGUCAAACCGAACACUAAGAUGGUAUGGAUUGAAACACCGACCAAUCCGUUGAUGAAGUUGGCUGACAUAAAAGCCAUCAGUGAUGUCAUCCAUGAAAAUCACGAAGGUGUAUUUAUAGUUGUUGACAACACGUUCGCUUCUCCGUAUUUCCAGAGGCCAUUAGAACUUGGUGCUGAUGUAGUAUUGCAUUCAGUAUCUAAGUACAUCAAUGGACAUAGUGAUGUCAUAAUGGGAUUGGUUGUUACUAGUGAUGAAGAUCUACAUAAAAGACUACGCUUUUUACAAAAUGCUCUUGGUGGUGUACCAUCUCCGUUUGAUUGUUAUCUUGCUAACCGUGGACUAAAGACACUGCACGUGAGAAUGCGAGAGCACCAGCGUAAUGCUUUUGCUGUUGCAAGAUACUUGGAAAAGAGCCCUAAAGUACUAGAGACAAUCUUUCCAGGCUUAGAAUCACAUCCCCAGUAUGAAUUAGGUCUACGACAAAUGAAAGGCUACAGUGGUAUGAUAUCAUUCCGUAUAAAAGGUGGAGUAGAGGAAGCCACCACAUUCCUGAAAUCUGUUAAAGUAUUCACAUUAGCAGAAAGCCUUGGUGGAUUUGAAAGUCUGUGUGAACACCCUGCAAUCAUGACCCACUCCUCGGUACCCGAAGAAGCACGUAAAGUUUUGGGUAUUACUGAUAAUCUGAUUCGUUUAUCUGUUGGCAUAGAAGACACUGAAGACAUCAUUGCUGAUAUAGAACAAGCCUUGAAUGCUGCUGUUCCAGACUCCAAAUAACUGUUGACAAAUCAGUGAAUGACUGGAAACCUCUUUGACUGCAUUAAAUUUACAUAAACUGGUAACCCCAAUUCAGAAAUCUUCCAAAAGUGCCCACAAAGUUUUUAGCCAUUUUAGCCACGUUGUAUUUGUGUAAUUUAAAAUGUAGCUAAUAGUAUACAAGAUGAAACUUGAGCUGAAUUCAACAAAAUAAUUUUCGAUGAAGCACCAGAGCCCAACUAAAUUCCAUGCAAGAUAAUUAGUUAUCACCUACAUUUCAGAGUUUCCAUAGAAACCAAUGAAUGAUGAUUGUAUACUAUGUAUAUGUUAAUGAUAUAAAUCAUUUUCCUCGAAUUUGUCUAAAUUUGAUCAUAUUUGGGAAGUAUGUAAUUGAUGUCAGAGGUGAAUAAAAUUAAUACA